ACUCCAAAAUAGAAGCAAUUCAGAGUUAACUACUUUCAUCUUCUAUCAAGAAAAGAAAAAAAAAAGCUUAAAAAUGGCUUCAUGGAAGAAAACAAUCGCAACGCCAUUCAAGAAAGCGGCGACGUUCUUUAACCAACCGCAGCAAACGCCGCACAACCGCCACGCAAACGCGAAGGCGAGAGAAGAACACGAGAGACGAUCGGUGAAGGAGCUUCAAGGUGACGUCAUGGCUUGUGGUUAUGAAGAUGUCCUCGUCAUGUGGUCAAUUCUUGACAAGUCAAACUCUUCAAACAAUCUCUCUUCUUGAUUCGUUUUUUCUUACAACGAAAUUUGGGAAACCGUCUUUUUUUUUGCGUAAUUACUUUACGUGAAAUAGGAAUUCGAAUUUCUCUUUUUUUUUUUUUUUUUUAUGUAUAUAGCUUGUAUUAGCCCGCCAUGUCUUUCUUCUUUCUCCUUAUCUUCAUGUGGUCGCGGCUUUUAUUUUUCUUUCUUUUAAUUUAGAUUUUAGUGAAUUUUUAUCCGAUGAUAGUUUUGAUUCGGAUGUUAUUAAUCCCUGUGAUGAUCUAAUCUAAUUCACGGUGUGAUUUUCCAUUUGGUUUGGAAGAAAUGAAAUCUUUGAAUGUUGGUCUUCAAUUCCGGUUUCGUAUGUAUUUUUCUUUUUU